AUCUUUUGAAUGAUGAGUGUGGAUCAGGGGAGCGGGAUGUUCGAAACGCUGGAGCAGGUCAAAGUCAGUCUCGAGUGGAUUGUGUAGAGGUCCAGCUCGCAAUUUCUGACCGAUUGAGGAUGCUCAGUGAUGAUGAUGGUGGUGGAAGAUGAGAAGGCUGGUGGGGAAGAGCGGAGCGUGAUGAAGGCCGCUGCCAUGUGUGCGCACCCGGCUUGUGCGAGCAUCGAUGGGCAGGAUGCGGCAACUGGGUGGACCGGGUGUGCGUUGUAAGCUUGAUGGCUCUCAAUCUCGCUGCAAGGUGUCCCGUGUGAAUGCCUUCUCCACGCAUCAGCAGGGCCAACAUCAUCUGGAGCGCCUGUGGUGCAUGUGUGUGGAGAGCAGAGCGUCAGCGGCGAUGCACGUCGUUUGGGUGCACGCGCUAUGACUGGCGUAGCGCCUGCCAUGCGUCUCUGCAUAGUAACUCGAUCUUCACGAGCGACCCGGCUAGCUUCUCGCGCGCGUUACCGGGCACAGCCCACCCCAGCUUGGGCUAUGGUCGCAGGCUGUGUGUGAGCUUGAGCGGGUCAUCACUGCACGCAUGAAUCGUGAAUGCUGCAUGGCUGCCCGUCU